AUGGUCGACCUCCUCUUCUUCCCACGACCGCGCACCAUGAGUGCACGACUCAGUCGCAAACGAUCCCGCCUAGCAACGGAGUCAGAUGAUGAUGAAAUACAACAGUUACGAGAGCCUUCACCAGCACUGCCUUGGCUCGGCGACACGCUGAAGAGGUCAAAAACUCAAUGCGAACUCGACGAGCUAGACAUCGUUGAGCCCACAGAUGCGUGGACUGUCGACGUGGACGCUAUCCUAGCCAGCACAACGCUCGCUGCACCACAAGGCAGUAGACUCAAGUCUCACAACAAUUGGCAAAGAUACGAAAAGGGAGGGUCUACUACAAUAUUUUGCGUGCAGGGCAAUCUACAACUGCACUAUGAUCUGUUAUGCUCUGCUCUAGAUGAGCUCUACGCAAUCGCACCCUCGCUACAAGCCUUCGUGCUAUGCUACGAUCCCGCUACACACAACCUUUCUGAGACUGCGCCCUUCUCGCUCCCCUUAAUCUCGGCCGUCGAUCCGCCGAACAACCACUUUGUCCGCCUAGGGCUGUUGCAUCCGCUAGGCGGAGGUAAGUUUCCUCUAGAUGCGUUGGCAGUUGUGGACAAGAAGGGUCACCGAAGGCUAGUGUUGCCGUUUGGCUGGGGUGCUGGCAGACAUGCAGAUACGCCGGCUGGCCGCAGCAUACAGAACAAGAUGAUGAUGUUGCUCAAGCAUUGCGUCGAGACCCUAGAGAGGGAAGCAUAG